GCGAUACCGCAUCCAUCGAUAUAUCGAACCAGGGUGUUGCCAUCAACAAACCCUUGCUUUGUUACAUCGACUAACAUACAGACCAAUCCAAAUACAGUAUUUUUUAGCAUACUCUCGACUUUACAAUGGUGAGUUUUUGCUGUUCUCGUUUGAUAACAUUGGAUUCCUUCGUUGGUUGAUCAAGCGCAAUGCACACCGAAGCAUCGGUGCCUUUGGUUGGCAUCUAUAGCUUCGAACCCAACCCAACCCUACCCUACCUGCCUCAACUCUCUCACCACGACCCAAUCACACGCAUUGAUUCCCAAUCCAUGAUACCACACGAAACAAUGCGAUGCGAUUCCAUACCAAUCAACAACCGCGGCAGGCGAUACUGUGCAACACGUGCCGGAGCCGAGCCGACGGAACCUUUAUGCGGAUGACCCUGUGCCUCGUUGUGGUCACGGUGGUGGCCCUCGGCGUCGCCUUUGGGGUCUAUGAGCAACAGAAGGACAGCGGACGCUUCGGCGGCCUGCGGUCGUCGAACAACAAGGUCYCMCGGCCCGACCACAACGGAUACGAGGACUACAAGUGGGAAGCCCUGCCCCUSGAGGUCCAGCAGGCGGCGCACGUCCUGGGCUACAACCGCGGKACCUGGAACCACGACGGCCACGCCGAACACUUUGACAAGGAGUGGGACGAUCUGACCAAGGCGCAGCGCGACGCCGCCCGCACGAUGGGCUACGACUCGGAGACCUGGUGCAUCGACUACGACGAGUACGAGAACGAAAUGGAGGAGCGCCGCGAGUUCUACCCCGAGUACGACUGGGACGAGCUCCCGGCGUCGGCCCAGAACGCCGCGAGGCUCUUUGGCUUUUCGCAGUGGGAGUGGGACAACGACGAACCCGUCCUGGCGAUGGACACGGACUGGCCCGAUCUGUCMCCCGAGCUGCAGGAGGCCGCCAAGGAGCUGGGAUACGACGAGGAAUCCUGGUGCGAGGAAUUCGACGAGUACGAGGACGAGGUCCAGAACAACUGGCUCGACGAGGACUGGGCCGACAUGCCUUCCUCGGUCCGGGACGCCGCCACCGAGCUCGGCUUUGACCAGGCCACCUGGGACCGGGGGGGAAGGACCCCCCACUUUGACAAGGACUGGCCCGACCUGACGAAGGCCCAGCAGGACGCCGCGGAGACCCUCGGGUACAACCAGAGGACCUGGUGCGACGACUUUUUCGAGUGGGAGGAGGAGGAGCAAGASGUCAACUGGACCGACGAGGACUGGGAGGACAUGCCGGCGGACGUCCAGGASGCGGCCACCGUUCUGGGCUUUACCCAGCGAGCCUGGGACAACGACGAGAAGAUCCCGCGGUUCGACCGGGACUGGCCCGACCUGAGCGAGGAGGAGAAGUCCGCCGCGCUCAWGCUCGGGUACGACGAGGACCUGUGGUGGGACGACUACAACGACUACCACGCGGCGAACAACGGCAACGACUUUGGGGGGGAGGACUCGUACCCCACACUAGUGGGGGACGAGUGGGAGGACCUCGACUGGGAGGAGCUCCCCCCGGCGAUCUCGUCGGCGGCGCUGSUCCUCGGCUUUGACCGGGAGUCCUGGGACAACGACCGGGAGCCGGAGCACUUUGGAAAGACCUGGUUCGAGCUCACGGACGAACAGCAAAAGGCCGCGAUCACGCUGGGCUACGACGAGGACUCGUGGUGCGACGACUUUGGCGACCGGUGAGYAGCGCCCGCGGACACGAGCAACGAGCCGAGCAAGCGAAGCCAAACCAACAAAAGGCGUGAUACGACCCAAAACGACACACAACCAAAGCACAAGAAAUGCGUCCGUUGUUUGUAGACUUCUCUGCUACGACACAGGGCAGCGCAGCGCAUUUCACGGCAAUAAUUUCUCUGUACAAUAAAUAUUAAAUGACCCG